AUGUCUUCUACCUCCACCACCUCGUCCGCGAGCGCAUCCGGUACUGCCUGCGGCGCCAGAGUCUGGGAAAUCCCCACGACAGAUGCAGCCUGUGCAGCCAUUCUUGGUGGGAACAUGACCGAUGUGAUGGAUGACUGCUGCAAGAAUGCGAAGGUCUCCAAGUAUGAGAACGACUGUGGCAUCUACUGUCUCGCCCAGGGCCAGGAUGUCAACGAGCUCCAGUCCUGCCUCACCAGCAAGAGCAACAACUACCACAACGUCUUCUGUAACGCCGCUCUCAAUGCGACCGCCACUGCCACUGCCAAGGACUCCAAGUCCACUGCCUCGGGCACCAGCACCCACUCGUCUACUACCUCGUCUUCUACAAAUGCCGCCAUUGCGCACCAGCCAAUCUCCAAGUCUGGUCUUGGACUUGUUGGGCUCCUUUUCGGCUCUGCUUUGAUGGCUGUAAUUUCUUAA